AUGGAACCACCGAAGAUUAAGUGCACAGACGUCAUAUACCACCCAAACAUCGAUUUACAAGGUAAUAUUUGUCUUAAUAUCUUGAGAGAGGAUUGGUCACCAGUGUUAAAUCUAAAUUCAGUUCUUAUUGGCUUGAACUUCCUCUUUUUGGAACCUAAUCCGAAUGAUCCAUUAAACAAAGAUGCUGCAAACGUGUUGGUGAAAGACACACAUCUAUUUGCAAAGAAAGUAAAAGAAUCUAUGAGAGGAGGCUAUAUGGAUGGCCACAUGUAUGACAGAGUUAUUUAA